AUGAGUGAAAGGCAAACAAGUGAUCAACAAGAUUUAUUACCUUCUCGUACAACUGCUGCAAGUAGAUAUAGAAGAGGUGGUCGUGCACGUGGCCGUGGUAAUAAUUUUCGUGGACGAGGCGGCAACGGUGGACAUCGAUCGUUGUCGAAUUCACGAAUAUUAAAUGAAAACAAUAAUAUCGAAAACGAUCCUGCUUUUCGUCGAAAUAACAAGCCAUCACAUAAUUCAGAUGAACAAUCGAGAUCUCGCAGAAAUAGGGACAAUGUAGAGCGUUCUCAGCAACAAGCAGAGAACGCGGAAUCCAACGAUCCAGCAGCAAGUUCGAAUAUUUCUAAUUCUUCUACAGGUGACUUGUCUAAAUUUGGACAACAAAAAAAUACGCAAGAGAUUUCGCAGAGUGACCAUACAGAACAAGAACAGCCAGAAACUAGCUCAAAUCAUAAUAAUAGCAAUAAUAGUCGCCCGCGAUAUCGACGACGAAAUAACCAGACAAGAAACAAUAGAAUAGAAUCUGCGAAUUCAGAAGCAGUUGGCGGACAACAAUUAUCUGCCAAUGUCAAGGGAAAAGCCCGUGAGGUUCAAUCAUCCUCAUCGAAUGAUUUCGCUUCAAAUUCUAAAAGUUCACGACCGAAAUAUAAGUAUCUUGGUUCUCACUCAAAACGGGCAACAAUAAUGCAAAUGUCACAAAAUGAAAUCACUGAUGUUCUUACGUCAAUUACACACGGCCUUACAACUUCCACUUAUGAGUGUGUGAUCUGUUUCGAAUUUAUUCGCCUGAGCCAUCGAACUUGGUCUUGUAAUGUGUGUUGGGUGGUACUUCAUUUGCAUUGUACGGAAAAAUGGGCGAAGAAAUCGAUUACAGAAAGUAAAAAUACCGAUAAUAUAUGGGGUUGUCCAGGAUGUAGAAGUGAUUAUUAUUUCAUUCCUCGUGAAUAUUGGUGUUUUUGCGGAAAAACGCGCGAUCCCGAGAUUAAUCGGUAUCUAACACCACACACAUGUGGUCAAAUCUGCAAAAAAUCCAGAGAUUGUCCACACGAUUGCACAUUGCAAUGUCAUCCAGGACCGUGUCCACCAUGUAGUGCAAUGGGACCAAAGACAACUUGCUGGUGUGGUCUUCAAACUUUUCAAAAACGUUGUGUUGAUACUGAUUACACCGAAAAAUUAUCUUGUGGUGAAAAAUGUGGUCAGGUUUUAGAAUGUGGCUCGCAUUAUUGUCAAAGACCAUGUCAUGGUGAUCCCUGUAAUACAUGCACUGAAAUAGAGACGCAGUUGUGUUAUUGUGGAAAGAAUGAACGUGUAGCUAAUUGUGGCGACGGAAACGUCUUUAGAAGUACGUCCAAUCGCGAAGGUGACCGUGAAUAUUGGAUUGGUCAUUUCGAAUGUGAAACAUUAUGCGAUGGGCUCUUGGAAUGUGGAAAACAUCGCUGUGAACGGAUUUGUCAUCCAGUUGAUAGAAAACUGGAAUCUUGUCCAUACGAUCCAUCAAGGGUUGAGACAUGUCCAUGUGGCGAAAAUUCAAUCAUUUCAUUGCUCGGACAACAACGUACAUCAUGCACAGAUGAGAUUCCAACUUGUAAUAAUAAAUGUCCGAAAUUACUACAAUGCGGUCAUGCUUGUCAAUAUAAUUGCCAUCAAGGGGGAUGUUCAACUUGUGAAGUGAUACUGCAAGUCCAGUGUCGAUGUGGUAGUACAACAUUUCAACGAAAAUGUUCAGAAAUAAAUCGAGAAAGUGACGAAUUACCGACUUGCGAUAAAAUCUGUCAGGGACUUCGUAGCUGUGGUAAACAUCGAUGCAAUGUUCGUUGCUGUCCUUCGGCCAACAAACCACGGAAGAAAAUUAUGUUUGGUCAAGAGCCAGAAGAAGAGGAUGAAAAUCAUCGAUGUACCUUUGUAUGUGAUAAAAAACUUAAAUGUGGCAAUCAUAAUUGUCAAUUGCCAUGCCAUCGUGGUCACUGUUUGCCAUGUUUAGAGGCGUCGUUUGAAGAAUUGACAUGUCAUUGUGGUAGAACAAAAGUGUUUCCGCCAAUAUCAUGUGGGAUGACGAUACCGCCUUGCCCUUAUACUUGUAUACGAGAGCCUCCUUGUGGACAUGCUGGAGUGACUCAUCCUUGUCAUACAGAUUCUCAAACAUGUCCUCCGUGCCCUUACUUUGUUGAAAAAAUGUGCAUGUGUGGUCGAUCAGCGAUAAAAAACGUUCCUUGUCAUAAAUCGAAUGUCAGUUGUGGUCGAAUCUGCGAUCGUAUCGCACCAUGUGGAGGUCAUCGAUGCAAACGUACUUGCCAUUCUGGAGAUUGUCUCACCAACGAACAGGGCGUCACUGGUAAAUGCACACAACCAUGCGGGAAACCUCGAAAUAUUUGCGGCCAUCCUUGCACUGCUCUUUGUCACGCACCUGCCAGAUGUCCAGAAGAUAUACCUUGUCAACAAAAAAUUACGCUCUCUUGCAAAUGUGGAAAUUUAAAACAAGAUGUCACAUGUUUUAUGAGUUCUCACAAUUCAACAGAAAAUAAAAAUCGUGUGCUCCAAUGUACCGAUUAUUGUGCUAUGUUAGAAAGAAAUAGACGAUUGGCUCAAGCAUUAGAAAUUGAGACGGGUGAAGGUUCCGGCUUGAAAUAUGUUCCUAAAUAUCCCGAGGAUCUUCUCAAAUACUAUACAGCUCAUAAGGAUUGGGCGAAAAACAUUGAAACUCAAAUAAAUGAAUUUAUGAAAUCAGAUAAACAAACUUUGGAUCUUAAGCCAAUGAAAGCACCUCAUCGACAAUUUAUACACGAAUUAUGUGCAGUCUAUAGACUACACUCUGAAAGCUUUGACGAAGAACCUUACCGAAGCGUAUACAUUAAAAAGAAGAUUGACUCUAUAAUGCAAACAGUGGCAAAUAAUGUGUCUGCAAGUGGAAGCUCAACUUUACCCUCUACAAUAUCUCCUUCUGCCUCCUCUUCAGCGCUUGAACAACUCGUCCGUAAACCAAAACAGCCUGUCAACGGACUUUACCUUGCUGAAUUAGAAUUUGGGAUCACCCGUGAAGAACUACAAAAAGAAAUUGAACCAAUCAUGGGUCGAUUCAAAUUCGUGGUUAAAUGGGUGGCUGAAGAAGACGCCGUGAUAAUGCCAUUCGUUGGUUCAAUGCAAAUGGACGAACUUGAAAUACUGUUGAUGCGUCUCAAAUAUUCGGCAAAAGAUGCUCUUGUACCAAAAGCUAUAUGUGCAUGGGUUGAACUUUGUUGGGUCAACUCUAAAUUCGAAGUUGUUUGGCGUGAGCGUGGAAAACUUAUCAAUAAUCUUGGAAACGUCAGUGGAUUAGGAUCUGGAAGCGAUGCCGAGGCAAAAUCACCUCUCGUUAUGAUGCCUUCUAGACCCCCGAUUGGUAAUACAAAUCCAUUCGAAAUUCUUUCAUCAGAGAAUAACAGUUCUGCAAACUUGAAGCAAGCUACACCGCGACCUUUGUCGAAUGUUUGGAUGUCUAGACGUCAGCAACAUCAGCAAUCGGUGGCUCCUUCGUCUUCGAGUUCUCGUCAAGUAAAACCAUCACAAAAUUAUUCCAAAGGCUUUUUUGCUGGAAGUGAAGAUGAUGUUCCUGAUGAUUGGGAAAUGUUGAGUGAUGUAUAA